AUGAGCAAAGCGGGCAACCCACAGAAACGCACCACCUACCUCAUUUCCCUCACUCUGGUGAAGGUUGAGGCUGUGCCAGAGGAUGGAGCAGGGGACCAAGUGGAGAAGGAGCCCCUUCCAGAGGUGGAAGGGAGCCCUAUGAAGGAGGAGGAAGAGGAGGUAGGCAAUGCUACUAAAAGGGAGGAAGAACCUGUGUGUGUGCCAGUAGAAGAGAAAGCAUGCAUACAGGUGGAAGAAGAAUUGGAACAGGUGCCAUUCAAGUAUGGCAGCCCCAAUACAAACUGGGGGAAGCCCGAGAGGAGAGAGACUCAUGGGCAUCAAAAAGACUUUGUAUCAGUCGGAAAGAGUAAAGACACUUCUUUUGUGCAUCCACCUAUGAAGCAAAUGGUGAAAGUGUAUGGAGGAACUAGCUAUGAGGCAACUGUACGCAGAGAGGGACCUCGCUCAGAUGCCAUGCGUCCUAAAACAGAGCUCUACAGGGAGCCCCCCAUGCUUUUCCUAAAGGGUGAAAAUGGAGCCGACCUGAACAGUCGCUCACGUUGCAGCCUCCCUUUUUCCGUCCCACCGCAGGUCAGCCAGCGCCCUGAAGUCCUGAUGAGGUCACAUGCAGGAGGCAACUCUGCAUCCUGGAGGGAGAUCAGAGAGGCCAAUUCAAGCUUGUAUCACUCUGCUAAGACUUUAGACCGAAGGGAUAACCGCCUCGGGGACCAGUCCCCCUUAAUGGCACCUACAACUCUUGGGCCUUACAGGGCGUCCUGGGCUGACAGUGAUGGUAGAGGUACACUCAUCCGCCCUGGAGCUCCCAUGAGUGGAGGAUUUACAGGUGUGAUGACGAGGGACAGCCCUCAGGGGGAGAGAUACAAGACAGUUUCAGUUUCCUUGCCUGCUCCUCCUUCCGCUGAUAUGCCCAGGCCUCAAAGAAAAAGUACAAGUCGUACCCUGGACAACAGCGACCUACAUUCCCCCUCAGAAGAACUGAAGAAGGGGAAGGACGGCCAGGGAGGAACAAUCCAAAGGGGCCCUGCUCGUGAUCGAAAGAUGCUCAAGUUCAUUAGUGGGAUUUUCACCAAAAGUACAGCUGUGCCACCCAGUGCCAACACUGCACCGCCCCUCUAUCCAGCUGUGGAGAGGGGCUCUAGUGAGGAGGAGGCUGGAUGCACCAGCAGUCAAGAAUGGACCAUCAGCCAAACUGUACAAGAACUUCACCUGGGUGUUUUGGGAGGCCUGUGCAGUGGGAAGUCUGCUCUGGUCCACAGACACUUAACAGGAAGUUACUUGCCGCUGGAAAACUCUGAGGGGCGCCAGUACAUUAAGGACGCCCUGGUUGAUGGACAGAGCCACCUGCUGAUAAUCAGAGAGGAAACAGAACUCCCAAGUGCUCAGUUUGCAAGUUGGGUGGAUGCAAUUAUCUUGGUCUUCAGUUUAGAAAAUGAGUCCAGCUUCCUGGAAGUUUACAAAAUCUACCACCAGCUCUCUAUCCACCGGCCGGUCACUGAAAUACCUUUUGUAGUAGUCGGCACACAAGAUAAGAUCAGCAGCACCAACCCCAGAGUAAUAGAUGAUGCCAGGGCUAGACAGCUCUGCUCAGAUGUGCGGCGUUGCACUUACUAUGAAACUUGUGCUACAUACGGCCUCAAUGUGAACAGAGUCUUCACUGAUGCUGCUCAGAAGAUCAUGGCAGCUAAGAAGCAAGCUGCCUUACUGGCUUCCUGUAAAUCUCUCCCUAACUCUCCCAGUCACUCUGGAGGCUCCACCCCAGUGUCUGGCAUCUUUCCAGGACAGGCCAGUAAUGGUGGUCAGAGCAGUGACUACUCCUCAUCACUUCCCUCCACUCCUGUGAUUACUCAUAAAGAGAUCGGCAGGACAGCGAGAGGGGAGAAACAGGACAGUGCCAUGCCGGGGUCAGUCCGCAGUGCCACUCGAAGACGCACUUCCCGAUUUGCGGGCCGGAGAGGCAGUGAUUCAAACAGACGGAGUGCAGACUGUAAAGGAGAUCUGGGAAGUGGACGCUCAAUUCCCAUCAAACAGGGCAUCUUACUGAAGCGCAGCGGGAACUCACUCAACAAAGAGUGGAAGAAGAAGUAUGUCACGCUGUCCAACGAUGGCAUACUGUCCUAUCACUCCAGCGUAAAUGACUACAUGCUAAAUUCCCCAGGUAAAGAGAUGGAUCUUCUGCGGGUGACAGUGAAGGUGCCUGGAAAGCGUCCACCUCGUGCUGUACCAACCUGCGGCCCUCCAGCCGGGCUCAAUGGGAGGGUCAAAGAUGUACAGGGACCUGAGGGACUCAACCCAGUUCCUGUAAGCACCAGCGGCCUCCUGCAAGUGGAGGAAAUGGAAGGACUGGGUGGAGCACUGUUCCUGAGGAGUAACAGAGGUGUCCAGCGAUGUCCUUCCACAUUAUCUAACCAUGCUCAAAGUGUUGACUCUGCAGUUGAGGGUGUGUCCAGCUCCUCCUCCACCAAAGAUGUAGGCUCCGCCUCCCCAGUGACAGACAGGAAGAAGCAUCGCAGAAAGAAGAGCAUGAACCAGAAGGGAGAUGCAACCAUUGGCCAAGCAGAUGCCAAGCGCAAAAUGUGGAAACUGAAAAGCUUUGGUAGCUUGAGGAAUGUAAGCAAGACAGAUGAGGAUAAUUUUGACUUCCUCAUUGUGUCAAGCACUGGUCAGACGUGGCACUUUGAAGCCCAGAGUGUGGAGGAGAGGGAUUCCUGGGUUCAAGCCAUCGAGAGCCAGAUCCUGGCUAGCUUACAGCUGUGUGAGAGCAGCAAAAACAAGGCUCGCAAGAACAGCCAGAGUGAAGCAGUGGCUCUGCAGGCCAUUCGGAACGCAAAGGGCAACAACUUCUGUGUUGACUGUGAUGCUCCAAAUCCAACCUGGGCCAGUCUGAACCUGGGUGCUCUCAUAUGCAUCGAGUGCUCUGGGAUCCACAGAAACUUGGGAACCCACCUGUCUCGUGUUCGCUCCCUGGACCUCGAUGAUCUGCCACGAGAGCUCACACUGGUUCUCAGUGCCAUCGGCAACCACAUGGUCAACAGUAUAUGGGAGGCACGCACCCUGGGACAUCGUAAACCAUUGCCUGAUGCUUCCCGAGAGGAACGGGAGUCAUGGAUCAGGGCCAAAUAUGAGCAGAAACUGUUUGUGGCGCCGUUGCCUCCUCCCACUCCUGGUGAGGGCCCAGAUAUCACACUAUCUGGCCGUCUUCUGUUAGCAGUGAUGGAGCACAACCUCCCCAAGCUACUGCUCUUUUUGGCCCACUGCACUAAGGAGGACAUUAAUGCCCCUCUCAGCCUGGCGUUCUCCUCCAGGUCGCUCCUAGCGCUGCGGCUGCCCGGUUCUGCUCUGCACGCUGCCUGUCAACAUGCCGAUGUGGUGAUGACACAGCUUCUUGUUUGGUAUGGCUGUGAUGUUCGGUAUCGGGAUGCUCAGGGGCAGACGGCGCUGGCUCUGGCUCGCAGUGCUGGCAGCCAAGAGUGUGUCGACAUCUUGAUCCAGUAUGGAUGCCCAAAUGAACCAGCCCCCUCAGUUGCAGCAACAGUCGGUUUCGCAGCGGCUGCGACCUCCAGUUUCCCAGUUGCCAUGACGCCGAGCCUGACAGUUGCCACGACACUCAAGAUCUCGCACAAGAGCGGCGGCGGCAGCACCAGCUUGAGUUACAGCACCUCCAGACGAGCAGUGUCAUAA